UUGAUUCUGGAGACGCCGCCGCCGUCGUCGUCGGAGGAAGUUAAAUACAAUGGCGAGGAAUUUGCGGUUGAAUACGGCGUCGCAUCGCUCAUGUCGCUACCGCCGAUUUCCGUUUCCUCCUCCGCUACCACCACCAGCUCGUCGGUGGCCAUCAUGCACUCCUUCAAGGUCAUCCUCUUGCUGCUGCUGCUUAAAUUGCUUCCACGAUGCGAAACGCUCGCCGGAGUAUCCAAGCCUUCUCGAUCUUCUUCUUUUAUCGUCGACAGAAAUCUUCGAUGUCCAAACAUCUUCCUAAGAUACGGAAACACACUCGCGCGGCGGUUUAAAGCAGAGGAAGCAGAGGAACUCGUUGGAGAAGGAAUUCGAAUGAGGCGACGGAAAUCCGCCACCGCCGUCUGCUUUCGAUUCACGCCGGGAUCGACGGCGGCGCCACAUUCCGUUAGAGAUCUCGGAAACCGCAAUCGCGCGUCCCAACCGCCGGUAAACCACAAUUUGGGUAAAAAAAAAAAAUAUAUUAUUAUUUACAAAACUCAACUCUCAUUUUAAUAGAUUGAUUCAGA